AUGGCGCUCUCCUCCAAGGCUGAUGCAUCAGAGAUGGAGUUCCUCCUCCAAGGCUGCUGCAUCAGAGACGGCGUUCCUCCUCCAGAGGCCCCCCUUCAUCAGAGACGGCAUCGCUGGCCAUCCAAAGUCCCAAAGUCCAUCUUAAAAGGCCUCCGAUCUGCUCUUUUCUGCUCCUCUCCUGUGUCUUCUGUAAAGCUGGUCUAUCAGUGUUUGCCCCAGGUACAGAUCAAGGUGUCCUGUCUCUCUGAAGGGGACAGUCCUCAGUACAACUGGACUCUGGAUGGAAAAACACUGACAGACUCUGAGCUCCUCUCUGGAAAUAAUCAGACUAACAUCAUCGUUCUAAAACCGUAUAUAUCAGGGCGUCUUUUCUGCUCAGUCAGGAAUCAAGUCAGUUCAUCCUCCAACAAGAUCAGCAUUCCUGACUGUGGCUUCAUAUUCAUUAACUGCACCAUCAAUGGGACAACAAUAGCUAAAUGGGUGUAUCAAGAAAAUAACACCCUGUGUGUUGAACCAACAACUGUCCCUCCAACAACUAAACAUAGUAGUGUGGGGCUAUUGCCAAUAAUAGCUGGCGUUCUCACAGCAUUGGUAAUUAUCUUGAUGGUCUGCAUCGCAUUCAUCUGUUACUUCAAGAAAAAGAAAAGCCCCAGAGCGGUGGAGGAAGAUGACCAGGAACUGACCUAUGCUGAUGUUAGGGUUGUGAAAAAUCAGGGAAAGAAAGUGGAGCUAAGUGCGGACGUUGAUGUGGAGUACGGCCAGGUCAAGUUUUCAAAGAGACAGAGACCAGAGCGGGCUAACCCAAUAGUGGAGGAUACUUUAUAUGCACAAGUAAACAAAGGAAGGUGAUUUAAAAUGUCCAACAAGCCUAUUUCUGCAUGUUACCUAAAAGACUUUUCUUGGAUUACCUGUUAAAAAUACAAGUCAGGAGCUUUUUAAUGGAGGCAUGGGCAGCUGUCUCGCCUUCCACACAGUCUGGGCCUCAAAUUCCCCACCUUAUAUCCUCUUUCUGUCUUUUACACCGAUGAAUGAAGGACAGUAUUACCACAAAAAAAAAAAAAAAACUUUAACAGAGUGACUUAUUAUACCUGAAGCUGCUUUUUUGUCAAAGCAUCGAUUAAUUUGUGUUUGAACUCAUCAUAAAAGCGAUGCCUGCUUCUUUAUGAUAAAAGUUUUUGAGCUACAACAUGUAAAAAAAACCCACUUGAAAUGAAAUUUUUUCAGUUGUUUUUAUUUUUAAAUUGUAUUUACAUUAGUAAAUUAUUGUUACAUCAACACAUUAAAAUAUCUUUAUGUAAUACUUUUUAAUUUAAUACCUGUUUGAUAAAUAGUACUUGUAAAUAAUACU